AUGGAUGGAAGCGAAGAGAUUAACUUAAACAAUAGACCCAAAAUUCAAGUCGGGAGCAGUCAAGGUGAUGGCUUCGGUACUAGUGAGGAACCUGAAAAGAACUUGAACGAAAUGAUUGCGAGUGAUGGAGAAUGUGGCAAAUGCGAAUCGCGUGAAUCGCCAGAACCAGAAGUGGAUGCUCAGAUACUUCAGCGUGCAAUACAGAAGCUUUACAGCGAUCCUUCUUUUGCAGUCAUUUGCAGUUUCUUCAAUAAAUUCGCUGUCUUCCUGGGCUUAAAACCGCAAUGCUUUGCCAAAAUGGAAAACAUGUUUGCCAGUUUUCACGUUACAGGCAAAGUUGAUCGGGAUUUGAUCGAUUUACACUUAAUGUUGAUGCGAAAAUUAACAUUUAAAUCAGCAAGAUUGGAAGUAUGGGAGAAAUAUCUUCUGAAAUUCUGCUCUCUUGUUCCUUCUCUUGAAACUGAGUAUCUGCAACUGGAACGAUACGGUUAUUUACACACAACUGCAGGCACGAAGCUUGCAAUUCUCAAAGCGUUAUGCGAAAGUCAAUUUGACUUCAACGUUAAAUUUAAGGAAAGUUUAUUAAAUUCUUGUGCAGCAAGUGAUUUACGCCUUUUGCCUAUCGGUUAUGACAAAGAAGGUCUCGCUUACUUGUAUCAGCAAGAUGCUGAUUUAGUUAUUCGUAUAUAUUCAGCCGAACAGGAUGAUCAUUCGGGCGGCUCAUGGAAACUUGUUGCCAAGUGUAAGGAAGAACUAGAAAAUUUGGUUAUGGAAUUAAAAAACAGACUUGCUUCAAAAUAUUUAUCCAAUCUGCAAAAACAGCAUGAAGAUUCAUUACCAACUCCGGCUGCAGUUGAGACGGACGAGCAGACUAAUGUUUCAUCUUCAUUUACAACAAAAAGAGGUGCUUUACUGGAUACUUAUCAGGACGAGUCUGCAGUCAAGAAAAAAAUCGUGAAACCGAGUCAAAUGAGGAAAAAAGCGGCUGUUGAAGAAGAAUCAAAAAAAGAAAAUAGUGCACCACCAAUAGAAAUCACAGAAGAUAUUCCUGAUGAAGUAAAACCAUUCCUCGAUCGUCGUGUCCUACCACGCAGAAGUGCCCGUAGUGCUGCAAUAAAUCAGUUGAAAGAGUUGACUGCUCCGCUUAAACCUCAGAGUGGUAAAAGGAAAAAUCAACAAAAGAAACAAUUGGAAAUAGAAAGUGCAAAACAGCUGAAAAUUCUUGACAAAAAUAAUGAUCAGGAUGAUAGCGAAGAUAAUGAUGAAAAUGAAAAAGAUGAUAAUGAUGCUGAUGAUUUUAUAUUAGCAGAAACUUCGACCUCUUCUGAUGAUGACUUCAUGCCGCUUUCCGAACUGAAAAAGAAGAACCAGAACUCAAGACGUCGCCGGGGUAGAAAAGCAGCUGUGGAAAAAGAUCCAUUUGAAACGGUAGAAUCAGAAGAAGAUGAAGAGAGCGAUGACGGCCAAGAAAAGAAGUCCAAGAAAGAGCGGAAAAAAGCUACAGAAGAAACACUUUGCGUGAAAUGUAGUAAAAGCUCAAAUCCAGAAGUGUUGCUGUUGUGCGAUUUAUGCGAUGAAGCUUGGCAUACCUGGUGCUUACAUCCAAUAUUGUGGUACGUACCAGAUGAUGACUGGUUUUGUCCAAACUGUCAGCAAGCGAUGCUAAUUGAAAAAUUCUCCGAAGUGCUGGUUGUACUUGCUGAACAAGUGAAGCGUAAAGCUGCUGAAGACAAAAAGAAAGAAGCGGCCGCAGAGAGAUUGAAACGCGAGAUGGAGUAUAUUGGUGUAUCGUUAAAUAACAUCAUUGAUACAGUAAGAGAUACAAAAGUGGAAAGCUCUGAGUCGUCAGAAGAAUCCGAUGAAAAUGAUGGCGAACGCAAAUCAAAAAAGAAAGCAAUUAGCUUAUUUUUUAUUGAACGUCUUGAUGUGUUUAGGCGUCUUGGUGUCUAUCCACAGAAACCAGUUGUCCCAAUAGCACUUUCACGAUCAAGACGACAAGUUGCCAAAGUUGACUAUAAGUUUGGUGCAUAUGAUGAAUUAAUCCAGGAAGCUGUGAAAAAUAUGGAUGAACCGCCAGCAAGGCAAAUUUGUCCAAGUAGUGUGCGACCGAAGGGCGGAGCUGGACGCGGCAAAGAUAUGUCAAACAUCAUAAAUGCUGAAAAUAAGCGGAUACCGAAAAGUGUGGAGGAUAGUUACCAAGAUGAUGGCCUUGAAGGCCAUAUGCGAAUGAAAUCAAAAAUUGGAAAACCGUCCAGAAGUCGUCAUCGAUUAAAUGAUCUAAACGUGGAUGAAAUGACUGAAUCGGAUACUGAUGAAUAUGAAGCAAGCGACAGCGCUUCUGUUUCGGACCCAACAGAUGAUACCGAUGAAUACCUGCCUUCUGAUACUUCCUUUAUAAGGAGAACAUCCAAGCGAAAUUAUUCUAAUAAACGAACUCAAAGUGAUGACGAUUUUGUGGUUUCUGGCUCUGAAAGUGAAUACGAACCAUUAAGAAAAAAGUCGCACAAGUUAAAAAACACGAAAAAGAUAAGUGGAAAGAGAAAACAUGAAAAAUGGACAUCUUCUGAUGAAGAUUCUACUUCCGAGCGGAGCGACAAUUACCAGAGUGAAGAAAGUAGUAGUGGAGACAGGCGCGCAAGGCGACGUGCUGCUACUAAAUGGGCACCACGCGCAAGCAGUUCGGAUGCGGAUUCAAAUCAUUCAGUGCAAAAGACUGCUGCAGGAAGGCCGUUAAGGAAAGCAGUAGCAAAAAGACCGAGCCUGACAAUGGAUAAUGGUGACGAUGAGGAAGGAGAAGAGGACGAAGAAAUGGAAGAGAGACAUAAAGAUGUUCGUCUAAUGGGCUCGGGACGGAAAAUUGAAAGUUCUGACGAAUUUGAACCAGAUGAAGAGGAAGAGGAGGAAGACGAUGAAGAGGCGGACGAAGAAACUGUCGAUGAGGAGGAGAUGGAGGACAAAGAGGAAACAUCGACGAUUGACGAUGAGGAACAGGGACAAAGUGAUGAGGAGGAAGAUGUAGAAGAAAAAAAAGGAAAGGCAGUGAAGGUUGAAAAUGGUGUCGAAGUUGUGAAAGAAGUUACAUUCAGUUCGACUAAGGCUUUAUCUGUUGACGGUCAUGAGAAGCAGACAGAAGAUGUGGAUGAUAUCUUUCCUUCAACUUCGGACAAUGUAAAGAUUAUGCUUAUUGAUGAAGCAGCUUGGAAGGUAAAGUCGGAGCAAACUGAUCAGGAGGUAUUUUAUACUGAAAACGCGAAAACGGAGGAUGUAAAAAAAGAGACAAAAGUAGCGGAAAAAGUAGUUGCAAACAUGGCAGCUACGACCUCCAAUAUAACUUCAUAUGUUCCACCUUCAUGCUUUCCAUCAACCUCAGCAGAUCUCUUAUCGCUGAAUCCAUCAUCGGUAAUGCAGCAAAUGGCUCGACUUGCUUCAUCGUCAGCUGCACCAAUGCAGCAGUUUGAUUCCUCAAGUUCUGCGUACCGAGAUAUGCUGCAAACUACAGCACCUACAUUUAUUUCUAAUGGAGCCCCACUGCAAAUCUAUUCAGGUCCAACUCCAGUUACUGUGUAUCAGGUGCAGCAACCAACAUUUGUGAGGACUCCUUCAGGCAUGGUUCAAUCCAGCAUUGGUCCAUUGUCGCAAGGGUGGCCUCCUUAUCCACCUCCAAAUUCUUUCCCGGCAAAUGCACCACCCCCACCAAUGGUCACUGUCACGACAACUCCGUCACCAACAACAGAUUCUGAGACACUUGGGAACGUUCUUGCUUCUGCAAUGGAUUACUAA